CUUUAAACAUCCACAGUAUUCCACAGUUCAGUGUCAAAAGGUCGCACUGGGAUGCGGUUCGCGCGCUUUUUAACUGUUUGUCGUAUUUGACAGUUCGAAUAUACGAAAAAAAAACAGUUUACUUUUUAAAUAAAAAAAUAAUUUGAUGUGGUACAGAUUAGUGAAAAGUGAAAAUAGAAAAAGAAAAAAUAGUGCAAUCUUUUUUUUUAAUGUUUGUGUUGCAAAAAGAAACUUAGUGCAAAAAAUAAAUAUUAAUUUAAUGUGAUUUAUGUUUUAUUUGUGUUUGCAAUCGAGAACUGUUAGUCUGUUAUUAUUUUUUAAUAAUAUUUAAUCAUUAAUAGGUACUUUUCCUAUAUACUUACUUAGAUGUUUAAAAAAAAGUAAAGAAAUAUUUUAUAAAAAAAGUUUUCUACGUAAAAAAAAAAGAUUAAAGGAAAAAUAGUGAUGUGACGAUAUUGAAGUGUCUAUCGACUUGCGACUCAAUAAAGAGAAAAUUUAAAAUUACAUUUUAAUAUUUAAUUAGGUCUACAAAUGUCCAGUUACGGGAGCAUGUCUCCAUCCGACGAGGGCUUCGACCGCUAUGAACCUCCAUUCUACUGCCAGCCAAAUCACCAAGGUAGCCCCAUGGACGGCGGAGUGUACUGGCCGGCUUCGACCGGCGAGGGUCACGAGUUCGAUGCCCCGGAGAUGUAUCAAGAGACACACUAUAUCGGACGAAGUUAUGGGUAUGAAGAUAUGCAGAUGAAUGGAAACGAGCCAUACGACGCGUACCAUCACCCCAUGCAUCACGGCUACACGCAGAACAAUCCAGGUAUGGACUGCGACAUGCAGCCACUGCCCCUCCGGUACGACCGACCAGCCCCGCCCUCUUUCGUCAGGGUCGUGAAACGAAGGACCACCGCCAACAAAAAGGAACGGAGACGCACGCAGAGUAUCAACACAGCCUUUUCAGACUUGAGGGAGUGCAUACCCAAUGUUCCACCUGAUACUAAAUUGUCCAAGAUGGCGAGAAAGAGAUCGCAGAGCAUCAACACUGCGUUCUCGAGCCUCAGGCAGCGAAUACCCAAUGUCCUGCCAGAUACUAAGAUGACCAAGAUCAAAACCCUUCGCCUGGCCACCUCAUACAUCUCGUACCUCCUUAAAGUCCUGGAGACUGACGGUGAACCAGCGGGAGGGUUCAGGGCUGAGCUGCAUCAUACACCACCGAGGCGAAGAACGGCCGAAACGAAUGCUCAGGCCCAGAACUCCGCAGCGGAGAAGAAGAGUAAAGGUCGGACUGGUUGGCCGCAGCACGUGUGGGCGCUAGAACUGAAGACGGAGCAAAAUGUUCAAACAUAACUGUACCUUAUACAUAUACAUAUUUAAAAUUGUUUAUUGUAUAAAUAGUAAUAAAUUUGUGUAUUAUAUUAUUUUUAAAUAAUUAUUACCAUAAUAUUCAUAUAGUAAAUAUGUUAUUUCUCAAACAUGCUUGGAAAUGUGAGCAUUAUUUUGACAAUCUUCUUAAGAGAUAAAUCAAAAUUGCCGUACUGGCCAGAUGCAUGCGGGCAGCGGCCGGCAAAAGAUGUAUGAAAAUCCAUAUCUGUCGUGUUUUGCGGCCAGAUAAAUUACUAUGUAAACUCAUAUCUGUCCUGUAAUUUAAAAAUGGAAUGACCUUUUACUUCGAAACAUGACUACCAAGGAGGUGACUAAUAAAAGAUUUUAUUUAAAUUUCGAACUGGCUUGUAAAUAGAAAGCUGUUUAUUGAGAAAAAAAAAACAAAGGAACAUUAUGGCGCGUGAAAAAUUAUUAUUGUUCGUUAUUCGUCAUUGAACUUAAAAAGUAAAAUUGUGUUUUUGAUUUCCGCGCAUUGUUUGAGAAAAGUACUAUACAAGCCUUGGCCACAACUAGGCAUUGAUGGACUCACGUAUGUGUGCCUCGGCUACACCUCGGCUCACAUUUGCACGUUCGUCCAUCAAUGCCUUAGUUGCUGGCCGCUGCAGCAAUGUACUAUUAUUGUUACAUCCUUAAAUUGGUCUGAGGUGGCAAACAAGCAUACGGCCCACCUGAAGUUAAGCGGUUACCAUAGCCUACGAACGCCUGCAAUACCAGCAGUAUUACACGCGCAUUGCUGACCCUGAAGAAACUUCUCUACCCCAUUUUGAAGUACCCCAACUGUAGUCCCUUAGGAAAACCUCGGCAGGAAGCUCAUUCCAUAACCUGAGUGUUCGUGGGAGAAAACUUCUCUGGGUUACAAGAACUGUUGGCAAUCCCGAGCUCACAGGCAGUAUCGAGCCCUUAAGCGUAAGGCGAGACUUUGCCUCCUUUUGUGUGUUCUACCACUUGUAUAACGGAUUGAAAUGAUGCCCACAGCCACCUUUUAUCAUCGCACUACUCGGUAUCGACAGGGAAUCCAUCCUCAUACGCUUGAACCUAAAUGGUCAGAUACAGAGCAGUUACAAAGAAAUUUUCUCCCACAAACGCUCAGGCUGUGGGAUAAGCUCCCUGCCGAGGAUUUCCCUAGAGACUACAGUAUGGGGUUCUCCAAAAAGGGUGUAUUAAGGUUUCUUCAGGGUCGGUGAUGCGCUCGUGACGCCCCUAGUGUCGCAGGCGUCCAUAGGCUACAGUGACCGUUUACCAUCAGACGGGUUGUAUGCUUGUUUUCCAUUUUUGUGGUAUAAAAAAAACAUUAUAGGUCGUGUUUCUGCCGCCAAGAAACUAUGUUUACAUGGUUAUGUUAAAGUUUGAAGGGUGGGAUAUGGCAGUGAAUUUAUAGGGUACAGAGAAAUAACACCUGAGUCCUCAGGAAUGGCAACGCAUGGGGGGUAUCAUGGGCGAAACAGUAUACUCUGUUAUGUCCAUGGUACUGCUCAUGUCUAUAGGCGACGGUUGCCACUUUCCAUCAGGCGGGCCGUCAGCUUGUUAUUAUAAAAAAAUAGUCACAAAUUUUGACAUUUAUUAAUUUUAUAAAACUAUCAUAAGAAUUAUUGAUACCAAAGACUUUUAGAAAUAUACUUAAUUAUUUGUC